AUGGUACUCUACGCAUAUGCAUGGAAACCGAGGUGUCGCGCGGCUGAAGCGCAACUGAUAAAGUUUCUAGAAAACUUUCCACAGAAACAUCUUGGCGCUUAUCUAUAUAUAAAUGCGUCAAAUGAAAGAAUAAUAUCAUUCUCUUACGGAGAACUAUUGACUACACCGAACACCAUGUCCGAUUGCAGUACAAUUUAUCGUACGCCAACUAAUCGUAGCCGUGAUGAAACCAUCGAAUACUCCUCUAACUAUUCGCACUUUUCUCAGAAAUUGACACCUGAAAAGAGUGAGCACUUAGAGAUAGAUAGCAUUCCUUCCACUGAGAAAGGGUCCGUAACAAACCACUGGUCUAUAAUCUGUUCAUGCCUCAUGAUUGCAUUUGGAGGGUUCGUCUUUGGAUGGGAUACGGGUACCAUUUCAGGCUUUAUCAACAUGACAGAUUUUAAAAGAAGGUUUGGACAUUGGGAUAGUACAAACGAGGAGUUCCAAUUAUCAGAAGCAAGAAUGGGGUUAAUUGUAUCCGUUUUCAAUGUAGGUUGUGCCAUUGGGGGAUUUACAUUAGGUCGUCUGGGUGACAUUUACGGUAGGCGUGAGGGACUCAUGUGUUCAGUAUUGGUGUAUGUUGUGGGGAUAGUUGUCCAGAUCGCUUCAAUAAAUACAUGGUACCAGUAUUUCUUUGGUAGGAUUUUAUCAGGUCUAGGCGUAGGCAGUUUAUCGGUAUUGUCCCCGACACUGAUAUCUGAAAUCUCUCCGAAACAAUUGAGAGGUACUUGUGUCUCUUUUUACCAAUUGAUGAUUACAUUGGGGAUAUUUCUAGGCUACUGUACUGAUUAUGGUACCAAGUUCUAUGCAAACUCCGUUCAGUGGAGGGUACCUCUAGGGUUGUGUUUCUUGUGGGCAAUCUUUAUGUUGGUAGGAUUAAUGGUGGUUCCUGAAUCACCAAGAUUCUUAUUAGAGAAAGGAUUUAAAGAGGAGGCAAUUCAGUCAGUAUCUAGAUUGAACAAACUACCUCAAGAUCACCCCACGGUCAUUGAAGAACUAGAAUCCAUCAAUGCCGCCAUUGAAGUAGGACGACUAGAGGGCGAAGCCUCUUGGAAGGAAUUGUUCUCCAACAGAGGACAGAUUUUCAGAAGAGUAAAGAUAGGAGCUAUGAUCCUAUCGCUACAACAAUUAACGGGGAACAAUUACUUCUUCUAUUAUGGUACAACUAUCUUCCGAACCAUAGGACUAGAUGAUUCUUUUGAAACUUCCAUCAUCUUAGGUGUGAUAAAUCUCGUCUCUACUUUCGUAGCACUUUGGACAGUAGACAGAUUUGGCCGUCGUAAAAGUCUACUGACAGGUUCCCUUGCCAUGUCGGCAUGCUUUCUGAUCUUUGCAUCUGUGGGGGUUACCAAGUUGUGGCCUCACGGUAGAGACGAACCAUCCUCCAAACCUGCCGGGAACGCUAUGGUUGCAUUCGCCUGCCUGUUCAUCUUCAGCUUUGCCACCACUUGGGCCCCCACCGCCUACGUGAUAGUGUCUGAGACUUAUCCAUUGCGUGUGAAAAACCGUGCGAUGGCCAUUGCAGUAGGUUGUGACAAGAUGUGGGGAUUUCUCAUUGGGUUUUUGACACCUUUCAUUACAAGUUCUAUCCAUUUCUACUAUGGGUACGUCUUUUUGGGUUGCCUAAUCUUCUCAUUCUUCUACGUCUUCUUCUUUGUAUGUGAGACUAAAGGUCUUACCUUGGAAGAGGUAAACGAGAUGUAUGAAGAAGGAACUAAAGCUUGGCACUCUAGCAAUUGGACCCCACAAAGCCAGCGACUCGAUUUCGUUGACGAAUAUGCUUUGUAUAAGAACAGCGACUUUAUAUAA